GAUUUAGUUUCCAAGUCUUACGCAGAUGUGGCAAUUUUUUUCAGUCGCGUUAGUAAAGCGCGCGCGGUUGCAUUUUCGGCGUUUCGUCCGAUUUUUUUUACUUUCGGCAGUUUUCCCGCGCGCCCGUGGAAACUUUCGAAGUUUGACUGGAACUUUUUUCGCAGCUUCCUGUAUAUAAGUUUUGAAAACUUCGUCCGAGCUUUGUGUUUUGUUUAUCAAACUGAAGUGUGAGUUGCUGUGUGUGACAUUGGAUUUAAUUUGACGUGAUUAUUGAUAUUAAGCAAGUGACUCCUGUUCCCAAUUUGGAUGUCUUUAGAUUAAGAUGAUGUUCAACCGACUGGCUGAUUUCGAAGACUGACUAAAUUUAAGCCAACAAGGAAAUGGUCGAUUCAUGAAGCUUCCCCGGACGGACUCGUUACAAGUCCUCUCGGGAGUCCCCGCCCUGCAAUGACUACUGCGAUGGCAGCUCAUCAAGAAUCUAUCCACGAGAGACUACCACCAGCCCCUGAAGAGCCCCUGUACCUCCACCAUGGCCCCGCCUCCUGGCCCGAACCCGCCGACGCUCAGGAAGACUCCGACAUGUCCCCAUACUACAACAUGCCAAAGAGGAACAAGAGAAAAAACUUCAAACCACGAUGUGCUCCCAACGCCACAACCUUCUCUGAUGAAUCCAACGGAGCCAACUGUGAUGAAGCUAGUCCUAUCAACGGUAAUGAAAGAACUACUGCAUACCAAGAUGAAGACAAGGACGGAUUCGCCAAAAUCGGAGUCAAAAACUUCAGUCUACUAAAAGGAGGCGCAGUCGACCUCAGUAGAAGACUAAGUAUCGAUUCCAAUGAAAACAUAGACUAUCAAAAUAGAUCGGAAGAGGAGAAGAAAGUGGACUCGUUCCAGCGUUCCUAUAUUCAUAGUCUACAAAUGAACCAGGAAACUGAAAGAGACCGCGCCGUGUUAAACUUUAGUAAUUUACAAAAUAAAACUUUUUGUGCCAAAAAUCCUUUUGCUAUAUCUCAAUUAAUUAAAACCAAUUCGCCUCCGAGAAGAAGGGGGUCGGAUUCUGAUGAUGAUAAAGGUCAGGACAUAAAUGCAAAUGAACGGUUAGAAGGCCCAGAGCCGAUGGAAACCAAUGAGGUGCAGCAGAAUGGAGACGCUCCUAAUGCAACAAAUAGGAUCUUAAGAGAAUAUGCAAUGAAUACAAUGAAGGAACUCUUGGGCAUUUACGGCUUAUCAUCCAAUGAAGUGGCUGACGCUAUUAAUGGUCAAAUUAGAGCUCUGGAAGCCCUUCAAGGUAAACCGUUCACCCAAGUGCCUCUGAGCCUGACGAGGCGGCUGGAGUCAAGCAUGGACGAGGAGAAUGAUAAGAGUCGAAGAAGAUCGUCAUCAGCUACUGAAGACGAGGGAUCGACGAACAUCACCCCACCAAAAACACCUGAUAAUGACAUUGAAGCACAAAGGCAAAGAGCUCUUCAGAUCCUGAACCAGCAAUCAAUGCGGCUGUUCGGCAGGUCUCAGGAGCAAGAAGACGGCAGCGGGUCUGAAGAUGGAGAGCAGACUCUGGACCUCAGCGUGUCGAGGGACACAGACGGACAGGAACAGUCGACCACAUCCAGCGCAGGUAACAGCGUGUCAGAGUUCGACCAGCAAGGCUUCAUGAGGAAGAACCUGGAAGACCUGGCCAACUUGCAGAUGCAGGGCUUCUUCCAAAAACAGUCGCCUAUGGAUGGGGACGAUUCACAAGAAAGGAAAUUACAAGCAAGUGGCUUGCUGUCGGCUCUGAACCACUUGGACCAGGCCAGGAAGAACUCCCUGCAGUCCACUGUGGACUAUUCGAGAUAUGUCAAGAGAUACAGUUCAACCCUAGAAUGCGGCUCCUCCUACUGCAAGGACCUGGGCUACCGAGAGCACUUCCACUGCAUGGACUGCACCGCCAGAGUGUUCUGCAAGAAAGAGGAGAUGAUCAGGCACUUCAAGUGGCACAAAAAAAGGGAUGAAUCCUUAGCCCAUGGGUUCAUGAGGUACUCCCCCUUAGAUGACUGCUCGGAGAGAUUCAGUGAUUGUCCACACAACCGUAGUCAAACCCACUACCAUUGUAUUCAGGAGGGCUGUGAUAAGGUGUACAUCUCGACCUCAGACGUGCAAAUGCAUGCAAACUACCAUCGCAAGGACACGGCCAUCCUCCAGGAAGGGUUCCAAAGGUUCCGGGCAACUGAGAGCUGCGCCGCCCCUCACUGCGUGUUCGCUGGUCAGAGAACAACUCACUUCCACUGCCGGAGACCUGGCUGCACGUAUACCUUCAAGAAUAAGGCUGAUAUGGAAAAACAUAAGACUUACCACAUCAAAGACGAGGCGUUAUCCAAGGACGGCUUCAAGAAGUAUAUGAAGAACGAAGCGUGCCCGUACAGGGACUGCCGCUUCAGCAGGACCUGCAACCACAUCCACUGCAUCCGGCCGCACUGCAACUACGUCCUGCAUUCGAGCAGCCAGAUCUUCACCCACAAGAGGAAGCAUGAGAGGAAGGAGCAGGAGAUGAGUUUUGGGCUUCCCACAUCGGUGAUCCAGAGCGCGCUGAUGCAGCAAGGCGCGGACCUCAGCAUGUACUCCCCGAGCAGCAACCUGCACAUUGACGAUGACAUGUCCAACUCAAUGGACCCUGACUACCCUCAUCCUUUUAAUCCUGCGUUGGUAGAGGAAGUAACCCGCAAAUACAUAGAAACCUUCAAUGGGGGCAAGGAGGCUGAAGACAAAUGCAACAAAUGCAGCGCUUUCAACAAGCACUACCAUUGCUUGGCUGACGGCUGCAAGAUGGCUCAUAGUUGUCACACAACGAUGGUGAAGCAUGUGAUGGAACACGAGCAGCAGAACCAAGUCACUGAAGCGUACUUUGUGACGUACACACGGAACAACCCGUGUGGAAACUCCGCCUGUCAACAUAUCAGGGACAUCACUCACUAUCAUUGCACAUGGGAAAAUUGUGGAGCAGUAAUCCUAUCUUCGGAGGAGCAUCCUUUUAGACGACUCGAACAUCACCGUCAGCAUGCGAUUUUAAGCCCAAUGUCCCCUAACUUAGCGGCUAGAUUUGCUCCAAAUUUCACUCCUCAAUUGUCAGCCCAACUUCACCCCAAUAUGGCUGCCCAAUUGGGCCAAGUACCCAGCCUUCCCAAUCUACCCCCAAAUCUGGCUCAAUUAGCUCAAAUGGCGCCAAGUCUGACUUCUCAAUUGACUCCAAACUUACAAGCCCAACUGAAUCUUGGACCUAAUCCUGGAGUAGUUCCACAGCAAGUUAACCCUUCAAGCUCUUUGGAUGAAAUGUUCAGUAGGAAGAGAGGAAGACCACCGAAGAAUAGGGUCGUUGAAGUCUGGACUGAUAAUGUCACUCCUCAAGCUAUUUUCACAUCAUUCAAAUUGCCUAAAAGCAAUCAGUUACCGCCUGUGGCGCAGUCACCCGUGAUUACUACAGUGGAAGAGUUUCCGCGCAUCAAAUUCCAACACUUCGAAGUCUUCACCAACCCAGACUCGUGCUCCCAAUCGUACCCGAACUGCCAACUCAGAAUGACCAGACUCCACCUCCAUUGCUUCAAUUGCAGUUUCACCGCCGAAGCCCACGCCUUCAUGGAAACCCAUAUGAGGGAGUCCCACUCCAUUUCUCCUCUCUUAGAAGGCUUUGACCACUUUUCUUCUUUCGAGCAAUGCGGCGGAAGAAGCUGUUUCAAAAACCAAUUGAGAACCCAUUUCCAUUGCGCUCAGGGUAACAAUUGUCCGGCAAUUCUAACUCAAUACUCUGCUUUAGCUACUCAUAAGCAUGGAAGAGGUACUCCAGUGAUUAAAAGUGAAGAAGAGAAACCGUUCGAAGAAGCCAAAGAUUAUUCUUUGAAAGAACGCGCAUCAGUAGACAGUGUGGGGUCGAUGAAGGAGGCAGUGGAGUAUGCGCCAACGAAUUUCUCGAUCAAAAGCGAGUUUGAGAGGGAGCAAGAUAAUGUUUCGGUAGUAAAAGCUACGGGAACCUUCUACCCGUCGUCUCAUCUCCGAAGCAACACUUCCUCGCCUUCACCACGAAGCAUUUACGACGCUUCUCCAUCUAAGGACAUGAAGCUUCGCAUGGACUACGACAAAAAACCAGAUCAGAAGCCAACUGGACCGACUAUUCCUCCAUCGUGUCAUGAUCAGAACUGUACUUUAAAUAAGAAUGCCGGUGGAAUGAAUCUCCAUUACCACUGCCCUCAUUGUGGACAAGCUUAUGUGGAUUUAAAGCUACUGUUUAGUCAUAUGGUCAAGAAACACAGCAAUGCCAUGGAUACUGGUCCAGUAGGAUUGGCAGCUACUAAGGAGACGUUGGAGCGCGAGUACCCGGAGAUCUCGAUCCUGCCGUCCACUGCCUCCUCCAGCCAGCUCUCCUCCCCCCCACAGCGACCUCCCAACCCUGCUGAGCAGGUGCAAGCAGUCCAAAGUCUCCUGUUGCAGCAGUACCUCGCAGGCGGUCGCAAGGGCAGCCUCCAGGAGCAGCUGAAGAUGCAGCAGCAGUACACAGCCUCUCUGGCAGGGUUGCCAGGGCUGGCGCAAGUGGCUUUGUUUUCACAGGGUGGUUCCCCCUUCCCCCUGUACCCCACGAUGCUGUACCCCCCGGAGCUGUUGCUGGAGCAGAGCCUCCUCCAGGGUCACGUGAUGCCCCCCGGAAUGGAUAAGGAGGCCGAAAUGAUGGCCAAAACUCGGCGCGCGCACAGCACGCGCGGGCCGCACAUGCGCGUGCUCAAGGACGAGCCGAUCCCGGAGGGCUACCUGCGCUUCCGCUUCAACGAGGACUGCGCCUACCAGCACUGCGGAUACAGGGAGCACCAGACACACUUCCACUGCACGCGCAAGGAUUGCGGGUACUCCUUCUGUGACAAGACCAGGUUCGUGCAGCACACAGCACGCCACGAGAGACUGGACACCCUGAUGGGCGGAGACUUCCAGCAAUACCGCGCGAAUGUGUACUGCCAGCGACCCGAGUGCCCACACGCCUCCACUUUCGGUACAGGCCAAAACAAGGCAUCUCACUUUCACUGCCUGAAGUGCGACUUCGUGUGCACCGACACCAACAAGGUCGUGGCUCAUCGCAGACAGCAUCAGAAACUGGACACCAUUCAAGCUGCUGGCUUCGAGAAGUUUCCACCAAGCAAAGGCUGCGGCUAUGAACCCCAAUGCAUCCACAGCAAGAAGCAAACCCACUACCACUGUCUCCAGUGCGGCUCCGCAGUCCUAGGGCUCUCGCAGAUGACCUCUCAUAAGUACAAGCACCAGGAAGCGAACCUGGGACCCUCCACGAGUGCCACUAACUGACCGACCCUGUACAUAACCUCUGUAUAUAGCAUUAAGUGUAUAAACUAUUUAAUCAUUGAGAUUACUAGUUUUCUACGCGAUUGUACCAACCAAUUUGUCAAUCAAUUUUGAUAAUGAUUGAUGAAUUGAUUGAUUUAAUCGCCAUGUAAGCAAUUGCUGAAAUGAAAGAUGAGAAAAAUGAGAUAGAAAUAUGUAAGAUUUGAUAUAAGAUUUUUGUGUCCCUCAAUAUUGUGCCUUAUAUGCAAACUGACGGACAACAUGACUAUCCAACGCUCAUACAAAUGUAUGGAGUGACUACAUGGCAAUAAAUUGAAUUUAUUAGUCGAGUUUUGUCUGAGAAAAUGUGGCAAAAGUGUGCCAAAUCAAUGUUGACUUUUGAAAUUUUAUACACGACAAAAUUUUUUAGAAAAUAAUUGUGUUUUGCUUAUAAAAUAUGUAGAAAUAUGAUAUAUAUUAAACUAAGUAGAGUUGGAUGAACAAAUGAAUUUAAUUGCGGAGUUGCAUGUUAAUGUAAACGUGUGUAUAUCCUAAACCCCGACCAAUCGUAGGUAGUUUAUAAAAUAUUUAUAUUUAUUACUUCCCCAUGAGAAAAGACAUUUUUACGAAUAGUAUUAUUAAUUUAGAUUUCGUAAAUAAAAAAAAUACCUAAGGCAAUAUUGGGAUAAGAAAAACCACUUCGUGCCUGGAUGAUUACAACGUGACAAUAUCUUCAUUUGCGAUAGUUUCUGAUAGAUAAACAUUAAAGCACUCACGUAUACACCUAUCAGAAAAUAUCUCAAAAUUAUCAUUACAAAAAGUAUAGUUAUUUAAAGAAAAAAAAAUCUAUUUAACAAAAACGUCAAUUUUUUAAACAAAAAAAAAA